GUGUUCGCUCUGAAAGGGAGUUAAACACGCCAUCUUCAAUGAUGACUUCUGAGUCCAACUGGAACGCAGUAUAUGAAGAAUACCUCUAUGACAUCACUGUGACAUCACAGAAGCUCCUCCCCCUGCGGUCUGUCGACUCUGUUUCUCCAAGUUAAAGUUUGUUAUUCUAUCGUAUCACCGCCAUCUUAACGCCGUUCAAACCUCAUAAAUACAUCCUGACCACACACACACACACACACACACACACACACACACACACACACACACACACACACACACACACACACACACACACACACACACACACACACACACACACACACACACACACACACACACACACACACACACACACACACACACACACACACACACACACACACACACACACACACACACACACACAGCGGCUCCAUUAAACUGUCUGCCAGCAGCUCCACACGCUCCUUAAAUACCCCGAGCCGCCCCUUUAACUACAGCGCCCCAGGCACCGACAAUUAGGCCAAAUUAAUGGGCUCAUUACCUGUGUGUGUGUGUGUGUGUGUGUGUGUGUGUGUGUGUGUGUGUGUGUGUGUGUGUGUGUGUGUGUGUGUGUGUGUGUGUGUGUGUGUGUGUUUUGUCCAUCAGUGCGUCCGCCUCAAACAAAGAACGGUUUUUGUCAUCAUUUGUUUUCGCAGCAGAGAAUCAUUUUUGCGUUCAGACGGUUUUUUUUUUAGUCCCGCCUGCGAGUCUGGACUCAGGGUCAGACUGAGAACAGAGUUUAACCUUUGACCUCUGACCCCACCCCUCCCUCAGGCCCCCCCUCUGCUCCUCGCUCCAUCGUGAGUCAGAUCAACGACACUUCGGUGACCCUGGAGUGGAGCGAGCCGCUGGACCGCGGAGGGCGAGGAGACCUGAGCUACAGAGUCCUCUGCUCUCGCUGCGGACCGCCCUCUGUUACCAAGGUAACGCCAGGCAGACCAAUAAGAAGUGACCGUUAAGACCUUGUUCUAGUCCCACCCCCCUGACUCCGCCCCCUCUGUCCUCCUCCUCAGUUAUUGGCUGGUUCCUGCGUCCCCUGUGAUGACAGCAUCCUGUACCGGCCGGCGCAGCGCGGGCUGACUCAGCGCCGCGUGGUCGUCUGGGGGCUCCGCCCACACACCAGGUACAUCUUCACCGUCCAAUCACUGAACGGAGUGUCUGCUCUCAGCCAAUCAGAGCCGGCCUCAGACAGAGUCAACGUCACCACCAGCAAAGACGGUAAGACUCAGAGUCACACUACAUUACCCAGAAUGCCUUUCAUACCAACGGGCUGUUUGUGCUCCCAGAUCUGUAGUUCUAACUGUGUGUGUAUGUGUGUGUGUGUUUAGUCCCGCCCCCUGUGUUCGGUCUGAAGCGGGCGGCGGCCUCAGAGUCCAGUCUGUCUUUAGAGUGGGACGUCCCGGUUCUGCAGAGUCAGUACCAGAUCCUGGACUACCAGCUCCGCUACACUCCUAAGGUAAACACACACACACACACACACACACACGCGCACACACACACACACAGCAGUAUAACCGCUGACGUCAUCUGUACGUCACCAGGAUGGCGAGGAGGCGGGGCAGUGGCAGUACGUCUCCAGCAGGUCUUCUUCGGUGGUUCUGUCAGGGCUGCAGCGGGCCACCCAGUACCAGGUCCAGGUCCGCGCUCGUUCGCAGGCCGGGUACGGAUCCUUCAACGCGGCGAGCAGCUUCAACACGUUGCCUGACGGUACGAGGACGCCUGUCAAUCAUCAAUGUCUGCGUGUUUAAAUUUAGUUCCUCACUUUUCCACCAAAACCAUCUAAAGUUCCCUCAAAAGUUCCUGGACUUUUUUAGCUUCUUUAUCACCGACUGUUUCGGAUCAACCUGAAGUUUCUUCAUGUUCCUCUAAGGACAGGUUUCCACUGACGAGGAACCAGAACCUUUAGGAAAAUACUAAAUCUGCCGAAGGAACCUGGAACUUUUAGGAAAACCAGGCAUUUUUAGUAGGAACCAAGAAUUAUAUAUAAGCAGGAACUAAAAGGCUUUUGGAAAAAAGAACUUUUAAUGGAUCCUUUUUGAAAGGAAGUCCAGAACCAGGAACCUUUAAGAAAGAACCCAAAGAGGGCCCAGAAACCUGAGAUCUCAUUAAAACAUGGAUCAGACAUAAGAGUUCCUCACUUUUCCACUAAAACCAUCUAAAGUUCCCUCAAAAGUUCCUGGACCUUUUUAGCUUCUUUAUCACAGAGUGUUUCGGAUCGAUACAAAGUUUCCUCAUGUUCCUCUAAGGACAGGUUUCCACUGCUCAAACACUGACCAGGAACCUGGAACCUUUAGAGAACCACAAAUCUUUUCAAAGAACCAGAACCUUUAGGAAAAUACUAAAUCUGUCAAAAGAACCUGGAACUUUGAGGAUAACCAGGCAUCUUUAGUAGGAACCAAGAAUUAUAUAUAAGCAGGAACUUCUAAAGGAACUAAAAGGCUUUUGGAAAAAAGAACUUUUAAUGGAUCCUUUUUGAAAGAAAGUCCAGAACCAGGAACCUUUAAGUAAGAACCCAAAGAGGGCCCAGAAACCUUUUUAAAAACAAGGAACCUAUGGAGAACCAGCAUCUUUAAGAGAGAAUAAGGAAUCAGCAGAAAAACAAGAAGGCGUUUAGACAGACCAAGAACCUUUUAUGAAUCAUAAACCCAAAGAUCUAGAGAGCUUUAACAUGAACAAGGAACCUUUUAGAGGAACCAUAAUUCUUUAGAGGACUAAAGAUCCUGUUAAGUCAAAGGAACUUUUUGGACAAAGAUGGACAAACUAUAAACACUCAGAGUAAUCAGGAACCUUUAGAGAACCACGUUUCAUUAAGAGGAACUAGGAACUUUCAAAGAUUCUAAGAAUGUCAAGAAAGACCAGGAACCCUUUAGGGGAACCAGAACCUUUUGUGUGAAACCAAAAACUAAACAUCUUGUGAGGGAACCGAAAUCUUUAAGGAAGACCAGGAACCUUUUUAGGGACCAUGUACUCCCUCACCAGAGGUCGGUGUGUGAAGUGUUUGUUUGUGUGUUUUUAAGGUGUGGGUCACUCCCAGUUGGUGUUGACGGGGGUCCUGGUCUCCAUGGGGAUACUUCUGCUCGUUGCCAUGGCGAUGGUUGCUCUGUACUGUUACAGGUAAGACAGAUCGGGACCUCAGUCUUAACCCAGACUGCAGUUUUUUCCCUGGUCGCAUCGUUCAGUCAGUACCUCGGGUGGAACCUUCAGUCUGCUCUUAAAGGGACGGUUCAGAGUUUCAGUAGGUGGGCAUCGGUCAGCUCGCCCCCUUUGUCGAAAUAAACCGUCGCGUGGAGUUCAGCUAAUUUAAUUUAGAGACUGACCCAAACAGUUUAAAGGGAAAUUCUGUCGUAAAAAAUGAAGAAAUGACCAUAAAUGUUCUUCCUUGAGCUGCGUCACCCCGCUGUAGUCUGUAAUGGACUGGCCUGAGGUCUCUCUACAAACAAGCGUCUGCUGGAAGAGAGUAGGUGAGUUGUGUUUAGUCUCUUUGCUAAAGAAAUGAGUCAAAGUUAAAAAGAUGUUUGGUGUCUAGUACUAUGUCUGUGACCCUAUAUGUACUAACCUCAGUAGAACAUGGUGUAGUUCCGUUUAGUAACAGAACCUCAUUGGAAAAUUAGCUGAUUUAACUUUACUGUGCUCUUGUUCAAAUAUAUUAACUCAACAGCACAUAAAUCCAUACCUGUUAACAAAAUCAUGAUUUUAUUGAUAAUUCGGCUCAAUAAAAACACCUUUACCUUUUCAUUUAGUCUCUUUGUUAAAGAAAUGAGUCAAAGUUAAAAAGAUGUUUGGUGUCUAGUACUAUGUCUGUGACCCUAUAUGUCCUGUUGAUGAAGUUAGGUGCUGUUCUGAGCAUUAUUUGUGGCUAUAGAGUGGCGUUUUGGUUGAGGGCGUGGCUCUCUGUAUUUCUAUCCUGUGGUCGUUACUAAAGUUGGUAUAACUAGAGAAGGAAGCGGUCGACAACAUUCAUCUCUGGAGGGGGGGUCUAACUCGGUGUUACGGUGUGUUUGACUGAUUUCGCGCUGGAAUAUCCCUUUAAGAGCACGCUCUACCUAGGAACCUUUCAGGACUCCGACAUGAGAGUCAGGCUGGUCUGUCUGCAGCUCAGAGACACACAGACUCACCUCAAAAACACUGACUGUCCCUUUAAUACUCAUCACACUAAAAUACACUCAGACUGCAGAGAGAGGCCGGUGUGUGUGUGUGUGUGUGUGUGUGUGUGUGUGUGUGUGUGUGUGUGUGUGUGUGUGUGUCUGUGUCUGUGUGUGUGUGUGUGUGUGUGUGUGUGUGUGUGUGUCUGUGUGUGUGUGUGUGUUCAGGAUGCUCCCUCCCUGCUGGCCUCGACAGAACAAUGAAACACUGACCUCAGGUUCACACACACACUGUAUACACCCACAAACACACACUCACACACACACACACACACACACACACACUCAGAGAGCAGGGUGGGACACGUCGACUAUAUUAAGAUGGAGAAACUCGACACUGUGAGAGAGAGAUAGAGAGAGAUAAUAACAUUCCUGAGAGAGAGAGAGAGAAGAAAGGAGCGUGUGUGUGUGUGUGUGUGUGUGUGUGUGUGUGUGUGUGUGUGUGUGUGUGUCUCACGGGAAAUAAGGAAUCCUGCAGCUGCUGAAAACUAAAGAAGCGUCUGUGUGUCUGUGUCUGUGUCUGUGUCUGUGUGUGUGUGUCUGUGGUCAUCAGGAGGAGAGCGAGGGACUCGGACGCCAACGAUAAAGGCGGACACUACCAGAUGGGACAGAGUGAGUAUCAACCAAUCAGGUUUGAGUUUGAUUUUAGCCAAUCAGACCGCAGGUGACUAACUGAUGACGUUGUUGUGGUGUCGUUGUCGUAGCGAUGAAGGUGUACAUCGACCCGUUUACCUACGAGGACCCCAACGAGGCGGUGAGGGAGUUCGCCAAAGAGAUCGAGGCGUCCUUCGUGAAGAUCGAGGAGGUGAUCGGAGCAGGUGAGACACUCGGGUUCGAGAACGUCUACAGGAGUGUCAUCAUCAUCGGGGACGUGAGCGAAGAUCGGAAACAGCGAUGUUAUUUUAGAAAAGAGGAGGAGGUUAGCCGAGGUCAUGAAACAGAUGUUCGUCACGCUCUUAUUUUGAAAGUGGAGCUCCUGCAGUGAGCCUCUGGUGGACAGUCAGGGAACUGCAGUUCUCCUGCUCAGUGUGAAGGUCAGAAGUCUGGAGAUGAGGAACCUCAAACAGAGCCGGGAAGACUUUUAAAUCCAACCUUGAAUUUAUGAGGUCACUUUACACAGGAUUUAAGGACUUUCCAGGGAUAAGUUCAAGGUUUUUCCAGGAAACUUCAGAAAGACAUUUUAUUGAUUUUAUUUCAACUUUUUAAGAAACUUUUAAAGAAUUUCUACGACAGAGUAUCAGGGCCACAUAAAAAAAAAUAAAAAAAUAGGACUUCGUAAUUACUAACGAGAAUAAAGUCAAAAUAAAGAAACAACUUACGAAAAUAAAUCAUAAUAGAGUAAUAACUUUAGAGAAUAAAGUCAUAAUAAAAUAAUAACUUACAAGAAUAGAGUUGUAAUAAAGUUCAUUUCUUACAACAAUAAAGUUGUAAUAAGAUAAUAACUUACAAUAAUCUAGCCGUAAUUAAGAAAUAACUUACGAGAAAAAAUAGCAAUAAAAUAAUAACUCGAGAAUAAAGAAUUAAUAAAGGUUAUUUCUUACAAGAUUGAAGUCGUAACAAGAUAAUAACUAAUGAGAAUAAAGUCGUAACAAGAUAACAACUUACAAGAAUGUAGUCGUACUAAAGUAAUUACUUACGAAAAUGAAUUGUAAUAGAGUAAUAACUAACAAUAAUCUAGUCGUAAUAAAAGAAACUUACGAGAAAAAAUCGUAAUAAAAUAAUAACUUAAGAGAAUGAAGUCGUAAUAAAAUAACAACUAACAAGAAAAGUCGUAAUAAAGGUUAUUUCUUACGAAAAUAAAUCGUAAUAAAGAAAUAACUUACGAUAAUAAAGUCGUAAUAAAAUCAUGACUAAUAUGAAUAGGCAAGUAAAUAAUCGUAAAUAAGGAUUUUAUUACGAUUUUGUUCUCAUAAGUAAUGUUUCUAAUCCCAAGGUCUUUAUUUUUUCGUAACGUGUCCCUAAAACUCCGUCGUAACUUUCCGAUCAGUGCUGUUCAGUUUGGAAACGUCCUCCUGGUGGAACUUUUGAAAAACCUCAGAGACGUCAGAGAGGACUUUUAUUUUGUAAAACACAGCGGCGGGUUUUAGGGGGAGACUUUUAUUUUGUAAUGUCUGCCAGAUGAUUUUGUGACCUUUGACCCCCUGAGAGGAGAGCGUUCAUUUUCCCGUCGUCAGGGGAGAAAACGCCGACAUCAGAUCUGAGCGCGCCGCAUCAAUCCUGUUUUAUUAAAGUAAACACAGGAGAGUGUGUGUGUGUGUGUGAGUGUGUGUGUGUGUGUGAGUGUGUGUGUGUGUGUGUGUGUGUGUGUGUGAGAGAGUGUGUGUGUGUGCGUGUGAGUGUGUGUGUGUGUGUGUGUGUGUGUGUGUGUGUGUGUGUGUGUGUGUGAGUGUGUGUGUGUGUGAGUGUGUGUGUGUGUGUGUGUGUGUGUGUGUGAGUGUGUUUGUGUGUGAGUGUGUGUGUGUGUGAGUGUUUGUGUGUGCAGCCACUGUAACAGUAGGACUCUCUGGUGAUGGCGUUAGUCAGAUGUAACAUGAUCGCUGUUACCGAUGUAACAAGGGCGCUGUUACCGCGGAAACAAGGGCGCAAACACACACACACACACACACACACACACACACACACACAUGUCUGAGGUGUGGAGGUGUUGGUAUGCACUAAUGAGUCUUAAAGGGACAGUAAGCCUCUUCAGUCUGAUCACAUGGUUCCUGUCGUUCUACCUGUCCAGGCGAGUUCGGCGAGGUGUGUCGUGGUCGGCUCAGGGUCCCGGGCAGGAAGGAGAACUAUGUCGCCAUCAAGACCCUGAAGGGCGGCUACACGGAGAAGCAGAGGCGGGACUUCCUGUCGGAGGCGUCCAUCAUGGGUCAGUUCCAGCACCCGAACAUCAUCCACCUGGAGGGCGUCAUCACCACUUCCUGUCCCGUCAUGAUCCUCACCGAGUUCAUGGAGAACGGGGCGCUCGACAGUUUCCUGAGGGUGAGACGGGGGCGAGGCUCACAUACACACCUGUCUCUCUCUCUCUCUCUCUCUCUGACUCACCCCACUCUCUCUCUCUCUCUCUCUCUCCUCAGAUGAACGACGGACAGUUCACGACCAUCCAGCUGGUCGGGAUGUUGCGCGGGAUCGCGGCGGGGAUGAAGUAUUUGUCGGACAUGAGUUUCGUCCACAGAGACCUGGCGGCUCGGAACAUCCUGGUCAACUCGAACCUGGUCUGUAAGGUGAGUGGCUCCGCCCACCUGUCUGCCGUCUCACCCGUCCGUCUCCUCGCCGUCGCUCUCUGACCGUCUGCGUUUGUUUCCAGGUGUCAGAUUUCGGUCUGAGUCGUUUCCUGACGGAGAACUCGUCUGACCCCACCUACACCAGCUCUCUGGUCAGUCAGCUCUUCAUGUAAGGCUUUUAUUUUGAAAGACUUCCUGCUAGUUUAGCUAACCAUCUCUAUCACCUCUCAGGGGGGAAAGAUUCCGAUUCGCUGGACGGCUCCUGAGGCCAUCGCCUACAGGUGAGAGUCGGUACUGCAGCGGAAACAACCAUUCAAGGCUCUCCUUAAUCAAUGAAGUCGAUUAAACUCUUAUUUUGUCGACCUGCAGGAAGUUCACUUCAGCCAGUGAUGGGUGGAGUUACGGCAUCGUCAUGUGGGAAGUGAUGUCAUACGGGGAACGGCCAUAUUGGGACAUGAGCAACCAAGACGUAAGAGAAACAGGCGUUUGUGUUUUAUUGAUCGAUGAUCAGGGAUCAAUCAAACGUCGUUUGAUUGAUCGUGUUUGUUUUUGUCGGUUUAGUUUUUAUCGUCUUUCUCUGUGACCUUCAGGUGAUCAACGCCAUCGAGCAGGACUACCGGCUGCCUCCGCCCCCUGACUGCCCCUCCUCCCUACACGCCCUCAUGCUGGACUGCUGGCAGAAAGAACGAGCCAAUCGGCCGAGGUUCUGUGACGUGGUGGCCUCGCUCGAUAGGCUGAUCCGAAACCCCGCCUCCUUGAAGGUGACGCACCCGGAGGGGCCGAGGUGAGUCUCGUUUACACGCCGCGUUUGUGCGCCGGGGUGAUUGACAGGUCUGGAAUGUGAUUAAUGCAGCAGCUGCUGGGGGUCAGAGGUCAGAGGUCAGAGUCUGCCGCCGAGACAAAGACACACUCAAACACAUGUGUGUGUGUGUGUGCAGGGGGCGGGGUCUGCCGUGUGAUUGACAGCUGUUUAUACAGAGUGUUUACAUGAGCAGGUGCAGAGUGGUCACGGAAUAGAGUGAUGUCAUUUCCUGUCUGUCAGUUGAUGUUUGUGAAGAAUAACCAUGAGUGUGUCAGACAUGAGGUUAGAAGAUGGCGAUGAGGAUAGACAGUUUGACAAUGGCGGUGAGAUUGGAGGAUGGCGGGGAGUAAGGUUAGACGAUGGCGUGGAGGUUAGAUGAUGGCGGUGAGGUUUGGCAAUGGCGUGGAGGUUAGACGAUGGUGGUGAGGGUAGAAGUUGUGGUGAGGUUCGCCAAGGUGUCUUCCUCUCCUCUCCUCAGAGUGACGGAGCGCCGGCACAUCAGGAGUCACAUGACUUCUUGUCUGGGGGGCUUUCUCUGAACAGCACCAGAUCAGAUAUGUAAUUCCUCUGUUGCAUCAUGGGAAAUCUUCCUGUCUGUCCUGAAGGCGCCUCAGCGCCGCUCCUCCAGGCUCUGGGUCGGUGGAUUCGCAGGUUUAGGUGCGGUGGGUUUCUCAUGAGGGUUCCUCUCUGUGUCAGCCGUCCUGAUCUCCUCCAGCAGGUGAACCCUCUGCUGAGGGGCCGGCCCACCUACAGAUUUAAGAUCUGACCUGGACUGACCUGGAGGAGGAUCUCAGGUUACUUCAGGGCUGGAAGGAGGUCAGGAGGUCAGGAGGUCAGCUGUAAACUCUGGAGUUUCCCGUCACUGAGUGAACCUGGUCCAAACAAAGUCCAGCAUCUGUCUGUGUUGUUAAAUGUUGACGGUGUGGGUCUGAAACUGUCCUCCUGACUCUCUGUCUCUGUCUCUGUGUCCCAGUUCGUCCCAGCCUCUCUUAGACCAGCGGAUCCCCCCUCCUCUCUCAGCCUGCGGUUCUGUCUCUGAGUGGCUCCGAGCCAUCAAGAUGGAGCGAUAUGAGCCGAGCUUCCUGCAGGCGGGUUUCAACAGCCUGGACAUCGUCUCCCAGCUCAACACAGAGUAAGAAACCAGACUCACGACUGUACGAACACUCACCUGUACAGACCGACUCAUCCAGGUGUAACACUCACCUCUGUGAAGAGUAACGUUUCCCUGUUUCCACAGAGACCUGCUCAGAGUGGGCGUGACCCUCGCUGGCCACCAAAAGAAGAUCCUCUCCUCCAUCCAGACACUCAGGAUACACAAAGCCCCGCCCACCCUGCUUUACUGACCAAUCACAGCCCUUCCCUGCCAUGAUGCCCAAAAACCAGAACACUCAGGACCAAGCUGAACUGUGAUCCGAUGUGUCCUUUCGACCAAUCAGGAGCCUUGAACAAGAGUGAUUGAAACAAAGAGAGAUAAGUGACACUAAGGAAGCACAAAGACUCUCAAACACUCUGAAGAAAGAGACAAGACUCCGCCUACUGACUUCUUCUGACCAAUCAGAACAGUGGAUAGGUUUUAGAGCAUCUUGUUAAACACUCAGGAUACUUCACUUGUAUGACCAAACCAGCCAACCGCUGCUCAGGAAAACCAACGCUCCAUCUUGCAAACCAGUAGGGGGAGGACACAGAAGGGGACCGGAUGUGCCGACUCAGUUUGAUUGACGCUCUUUUGAGAUACAAGAUGUUGUGGCUGCACUCAUUCUGCCACGCCGUUGUGGGAUUGGCUCCCAAACGUGUCCUUCGAACAGUCUUUCUGGAUCAGCCGGCCCUCAGAGGAUCUAUCGAAGCCAAAGCACCAGAAUGCCUUAAAUUUUCAGAAGUCUCAGCGAUGGCGGUGGACUAAACUCUGAUCUGUUGGAUUCUACUGGAAGUAAAAAUGAAACUAACUGGGUGGACGCUUUUAGUCGCUCUUGUAGUUCUGUCAAGUCAAAAAACACAUAUUUUGAGGGAUCAGCUCACGGCUCAACUGAAGGUCCUGAACUCCCUCUAACACGGCUCUGAGCUGAGGGACAUUUCAGGAGCAGCGGAUGAGGAAUUUUUAUCUUCAGAGAAAUUUCAGUUCUUGGUUCUCCAUCUGGAAUAUUCAGGAUUUAAACUUUGAGGAUUUGUUGAGGACAUGUUUCUGGAGAACAGGAAAAAUGGCUCUGAUAUUCCAAACAGACUGUUCGGUAUGCUCCAAAAACAAUGGAAUAUCUUCCUGAAGGAUGUCGAGAGGCUCUGGGUGGAUUUAUGUCGUAACUCAUCGACAUGCUCUAAAGAUGUUUUAGUGUCAUCCUCGGAAUAAUGUGUGAGGACUUUUCUGGAAGCGCUGCAGACGCCCAGAGUGGACAUUCUGAGAAAAUCUUCAUGUGUUUUUCAGGCAUCAACUUUUUUAAAGCUCUUUUACAAACUUUUUUUAGAUCAUUCUCCAAGUUUAAUCCAAGUCUGCUGAGAUUCUGCAGCUCUUUGAAAGUCUGAGGAGAUUUUCAGGAAGAUUUUCAGACCCACUAAAGACUCUGGAAAGGACUGUGAGUUUCUUUAAAUGUGGCACCGACACUAAAGGGUUUCUGGCCCGUAUUUCUGCGCUGACUCCACGCCACAGGGACCUUCAGUGUCAUGAGCACUACAUAUGCGUGUUUUGGAGAGUCUACAUCACUCUGCAAUACCCUACCUUAACACUAGUUGGCAGUGUGUGGUCUAUGACAGACAUUUUGACAGGAAACCAUGGUAACUGAAUCUGAGCGAAUUGUGUUGGUUUGAGCUGAUAGAUGUUGAGCAGCAGCCGAUCAUCCCGCAGUUAUAGCACAACAAGCUAAGUAUGUGGGCCCCUGUACGGGCCCCGGAGCCACGCAGACCAUCAGAGUAAACUACAGCGUUAAGUCAAGGCCGGAAUGUAAACCUGGUUUAAGAAAAAAGUAGUCAAGUGUAUUUGAAUGAGCCUUUUUCCUCGAAUGUCCCCACACUGACGGAUCUCUGUCUGUUUUUAAACCUUAAAAAGGUUCGUACAUCUGAUCGCUGUGGACUUUCAGUACUUUAAUACCAAAACAAUCGAAGAAAGUCCGAUCUGUCAGUUUGAACUUUGAUCCCAGUUUUGACCUCUAAGGAGAAAACCACUGCCAAGAUUUCAAACACUAAACUGGUUUCAAAGUGUGUGGGAGGAAAACAACCGAACAAAGAGCAGAACUGUUUUGUAUUUUAGCACUUUUUAUACCUGAUAUUUUAUUGUGAUCAUGUUUUGAGUAAGAGCAGAGUAAGACGUCGUUGUUUUUUGUACUAAACUCACAUUUCAGGAGGAACUUUUGUUUUAUUUUGUAAAGAGAAUCUGAAAAGUUUCAUAGCUGAGGAGGAGGAUGAAUGUUCAGGACCAAAGAUCACGUCUGAAGUCAGUUUGUUAGUUUUUGUGUCCAUAGAAACCAGAGUGUGUUUAUGUUAAUGAGGCCCCAGGUAUCAGAUCCACCACCAACAAACCGACCAAUCAGAUCGUCUACAUGUGCUACAGACCCAAAAGAUCUGACAGGAUGAAUGUGUUCAGACCAAAACCUGAUAAACCCAAACUGACUUCAGGACUCUCCUCCAACUUCUAUUGGUGCUCAGACCUGUCACUCAAAUAACAGAAACACCACAGGGGCGGUUUCUAUGGCAACUUCCGAGCUCCUUACCGUACACUGUUGAGAGUUUAAAUUAGGGGUCUUCACAUUGAGGGCUGCUGUGAUGUCAUCAUUUAUGUCUCUGCUGAUUGGUCGAUCCAGGAGUUUGAAAUCCUGUGACCGGUUGUUUAGUUCUGAUCCGGUCUGGACUCUGGUGUCCGGGUCUGGAUCAGUUCUAGUAAACAUACAUGGAUGUCUGUUGGGUGAGGGGGGGUGUCUCUGUCAGCCAAUCACAAUAAACAUGAACCGUCCUGUCCAA